CGAUACACAAACCCGACAGAGCGUCGGGUGCUCCGCGUGUCUAGGGGUAACGUGGACCUUCCGUCUCUCUCGACUCGCCGUAAACGAUCAGCGUCACACGCGAUGAAUGCCGCGCGUCACGUGUUACUUGCGCGUGACACCUGGCACGUCACGACGUAAUCUUCGAUGACGACCUCAACCCUACGACAUCCUCGCACCGGUGAAAAACCAUUGUUCCGGUCUGUUCGUCAUGGGCAGAUCCUGCGUUUUCUUCAACGACGAAUCUUUCGACAAGAUACCUAGUUGCCAAAUUGUGUCGAGAUCUCGGGAUUACGCACGCGGAAAAUUAUAAUUCAACGUAGCGUAAAUUCAACGAUUGUGAUUUGUCUGACAGUACUAUCGUCCCGACAUUCAAGGCGCGAUCUCCUCGACCACCGAUAGAUCUCGAGGCAUCGCGAGGUGCCAUUAAGAGUGUCCUCGGCGAUUCAGGCGUAAGUCAAUUGGGAAAUUGACGAGGAGCAACGAGAAAAUUGCGCGCAUGUAAAGCUGACCAUAAUCGCGCGAAAAUGAGCGUGUCGAGAUCAAAUGCCGAGGAAAAUCGAUAGCGCGCAAUGAUCCCUCAUGCGUGAUCGCAGAUCUACGGAUCUCGCUCUCGAGGAUUUCAUCACAGAGGUUACGGCAGCAUGAAGACGGAAACUCAUCAAAAGGUUUGAUGCUUAUACGCGAGUUGAAACUUGUCCUGUACUCGUCGUCAUCGGCGACGGUCGUCUUAGGAUAACGGAUCUCAUCAAAGCGUUUUAUGAUUGAGACUGGUGUAUGCUUCGUACCAAAUCUCUCUCUCUCUCUCUCUCUCUCUCUCUCUUUCUUAUUCACUUUCUACAUCUCUUCUCCCUACGAAACUUUCUCGGACUUCUUCGCAAAAGAUUAUACGGAACUCGAGGAAUCAUUAGAGCGUUAUCAUCACCGGUCGAUGUCGACCAAACUUUGUCCGGCCGUCGAUAAUUCGUAGGAAUCGUCCGAUCAUAGUUUAGUAUCUUGUUGUCGGUCGCGCUUUUAAUAACUGCGUCAUGUGUAAUGAUUGAUCGUUCCCAGCUUUCGAGAGAAAGAGAGUGAAAGAAUGAGUUCUUGUAAUACAAGAGUGCUGGCGAGUGUUGGCAAUCAGAAAUGAACAUUCCUUUGAUCGUCGCUCUUUUAUCGAGCCAAUCACUGUAUUAUUGAACAGGUUAGACGCUUGAAAAGAAAUCAAUGCGUAUUGUCAUGGCGCGACACGGAAAUUCUUGCUGAACGUAAUAGUCAAGGUACCGAACUGAUUUUGAAGAGUUAACUAGCCCACCGAUGCAUUUUCAUAGACCCUCGACCUUUCACGAACGUGCGGAUAUGUAGGGUGGCCCUCGUCAUCUGCUGGCGCGUUCGCGGGGGUGAAUUGGCGCAAAGUGUGUUACGGACAAUACAGAUUAUUUCGAGCACGAGGAUCGGAUGUUGCGAACGGCUGGCAGGAUUUACACAGCGCAUUCGGCUGUAGGAAGAUUCUGACCGCUCGCAUUAGUGGUUCUCUCUCUCGUACCGGAUUACACACCGUAUUAAGCUGCACGAUUCCUAAGAGACGUCCCAAGCCUGCUGCAGCAAUGGAGGCCCGGCCAUUUCCCAACUUUCUUAUUCAAGAUGUUUUGAGAGUAAUUUAACUUGGAUCCCGGUCGAAGAGUGCCAGUUCCAGCGCGCCGGGAGUGGAGGGAGGACGUCGUCGUUGGGGUGAGAGCCGCGGGAUAAAACGCGCGGAAGGAGAGAGUGACUAUCCCGUGAUGCGGGACCUCGGCGGGGCAAAGUUCACGUGCCAUCCGUCGCGAACGAAUUAAGCGAUCUCUCUGUCGGAGAAUUGCCCUCAUCCCCGGAGCCAGACACAUCCGGCCAGACACGCACAUCUGACCGGUUGGCCCGGCUGCCCUGUCCGAUACCGACGACCAAGGUCGCCGUACGGUUAUGCUAGUGGCGUCGCUCCAGGUGGCCAGCAAAUGCUGUCAUGCCGCUGCCAUGCCAGCCGGCGGUCCGCAUCUGGCCGCUGGUCGCAACUCAGUGGACUCAGAUCAGACUACGGAGCCGCUACUAUCCUCGCGUAGGACUCGCCCUGCUGCUCGUCCUGUUGAUCCUGACCGGCCGUGGUCGCGCGGCUUCCUCUCAACCUGUGACCCGCUACGCCUCGCGCAUCGUCGAGACGAAGAGCGGACAAAUACGUGGAAUACUUCAGGAGUUGAACAGCCGGCACUUGGACCCCGUAGAAGUGUUUCGCGGCAUACCUUACGCCGCGCCUCCGGAGGGAGAAUUAAGAUUCCGUGCUCCGAUGUCGCCGAUACCUUGGAGCGGCGUCAAAUUAGCGGACACCUUUGGCGCGGUGUGCCCGCAAAACUAUCCGGAUCUCACCAAUGACACCGCCGCGCUCCUCCAAAUGCCGCAUGGGAGAUAUCAACAGCUAAAAAAGAUGAUCGUAUUCUUGACCAAUCAGAGCGAGGACUGCCUCUUUCUCAACCUGUAUAUACCCGGAAGCGGAUCUCGAGGACUGGAGGCGCCGUAUGCGGUGAUGGUUUACGUACACGGUGAGAGUUUCGAAUGGGGAUCGGGUAACAUGUACGACGGAUCGGUCUUGGCGAGCGCCGGCCACGUCAUAGUGAUCACACUCAAUUAUCGUCUCGGCAUCUUAGGUAUGUGCCACCCUAUAAUUAAUUAUUUAUGUAAUAUUCACAGUUCCGGAGAUAAUUUCGUUUAUUCUCGGAAGAAAAUGGAAGAGCGACAGAGUGCUGCGCUGUUGCUUUCAGGAUCUCGAGGACUGGAGGCGCCGUAUGCGGUGAUGGUUUACGUACACGGUGAGAGUUUCGAAUGGGGAUCGGGUAACAUGUACGACGGAUCGGUCUUGGCGAGCGCCGGCCACGUCAUAGUGAUCACACUCAAUUAUCGUCUCGGCAUCUUAGGAUUCUUGAGGAGUCGUCCUUUCACCAACAGGACGAACGGAUCUGGCGGGAAUUUGGCUUUAAAGGACAUCACGAUGGGACUACGCUGGGUGCGUGAGAACAUUGGCGCUUUUGGCGGCGAUCCAACGCGAAUAACUCUGAUGGGCCAUGACACUGGAGCAGCGUUAGUGAAUCUGUUAUUGCUCGCUUCUUACAGCAAAGGUAGGGGAAGAAUGUUUACACACAACGCAAUUAGUAUCAAUCUUGGUUAA